CCAUAAACGUGACGUCACCAAUUCAAACCGCUCUGUCUGAGAGCAGAAGCAAGCUACAGUACAGAUCAACACUGCAGGAGGGUAGCGAGCGCGCUGGAUUCUGCAGCUGCUUAUUAUUAUUACACAUGAAAAGAAUCGAGCGCUUUAAGAAAUGUGGGCAGCUGUAGGGAGAGUAAUGCUGGUACAGUUGCUACUGCUGAAGCAUCACUCUUCAAAAGGGACUAAAACGGAAUGCGAACACGGACAAUUUCAAUGCAAGAAUGAAAGGUGCAUACCUACAAUUUGGAGAUGCGAUGAUGACGAUGAUUGCUCGGACAACAGCGAUGAAGAAAACUGUGUGAAGAAGACCUGUGCCCCGACGGACUUCACCUGUCAGAACGGCCAGUGCAUCCCUGCGAGGUGGCUCUGCGAUGGGGAGGCAGAAUGCUCCGAUGGAUCCGACGAGGCAGGAUCGACGUGCAGCCGACAGACGUGCCCGCCUGAGAAAUUCAACUGCGGGGGUUCCAGUAAUAAGUGCAUCCCGUUGUCAUGGCAAUGCGACGGGGAGACAGACUGUGAGAACGGCAUGGAUGAGGCUGCGUGCCCUUCAGACGUGAAGCCCUGCCCCUCCAGCGAGUUCCACUGCCGGAGCACGAAGUGCAUCGCCCCCAUCUUCGUGUGCGACGGGGACGAUGACUGCGGAGACGGGAGUGACGAGGAGCGCUGCUCUGAGCCCGCCUGCGGCCCCCUGGAGUUCCGCUGCAACAACUCGGCCUGCAUCCCCCAGCUGUGGAGCUGCGACGGGGACCCCGACUGUCCAGAUCGGUCAGACGAGUCUAUCGAGCGCUGCGGCCACCGGACCGAGCCGGAGAAACCCCGCUGCACCUCCGGACAGUUCCAGUGCGCCAGCGGGGAGUGCGUCCACCUAAACUGGAAGUGCGACGGAGACUCCGACUGCAAGGACAAAUCCGACGAGAGCAGCUGCUCCCUUGUGACGUGCCGGCCUGAUGAGUUUCAGUGUGGGGACGGCUCCUGUAUUCACGGCAUGAUGCAGUGCAACAAGGCACAUGACUGUCCGGAUUACAGCGACGAGGCAGGCUGUGUGAAUGCGAGCACGUGCGACGGACCGACGAGCUUCCAGUGCAACAGCGGCGAGUGCAUUGACAGCAGCAAAGUGUGCGACUCUCACAAAGACUGUAGAGACUGGUCUGAUGAACCCAUCAAGGCAUGUGGCUUCAAUGAAUGCGCUGCCAACAAUGGCGGUUGCUCCCACAUGUGCACGGACCUGCGGAUCGGCCAUCAAUGCGAAUGCCCGGCAGGAUACAAGCUGCUGGACAAGAAGACUUGCGGAGACAUCGACGAAUGUGAGAAUCCGGACGCAUGUGGUCAGAUCUGCAUCAAUUACAAAGGAGACUACAAGUGUGAGUGCUACGAGGGCUAUGAGAUGGAUGCCGUGACCAAGACCUGCAAGGCAGUGGGAACAGUAUCAAAAACCACAGACUUGACGCCGCAAGGGAAGAGUCCAUACCUGAUGUUCACGAAUCGGCACGAAAUCCGCAAGAUAGAUCUGGUGAAGAGGGAUUACACCCAGGUGGUUCCCACGCUGAAGAACGCCAUUGCCCUGGAUGUGGAUGUGGCCACCAACACAAUGUACUGGUGUGACCUGUUCCACCGCAGGAUAUACAGUGCCUACAUCAACAAAGCCAGCGACGCGUCCCAGCAAGUGACCAUCAUCGACAGCUACCUGCACUCCCCCGAGGGCCUGGCCAUGGACUGGGUCCACAAGAACAUUUACUGGACCGACUCGGGGAACAAGAGCAUCUCUGUGGCCACUGCUGACGGGAAGAAGAGGAGGACGCUGAUCACUAGUGAGCUCGGAGAGCCGCGGGCAAUAGCAGUGGACCCCAAGCAGGGGUUCAUGUACUGGUCAGACUGGGGGAACCCAGCCAAGAUCGAGAAGGCUGGGCUGAACGGAGUGGAUAGGCAGGUCCUGGUCUCCCACAAUAUAGAGUGGCCCAACGGCAUCACACUGGAUUUGCUGAACAAGCGUGUCUACUGGGUGGACUCCAAGCUGCACCUGAUCUCCAGCGUGGACUUCAGCGGGGGCAGCAGGAAGGACCUGCUUUCAUCUCCACACCACCUGGCCCACCCAUUCGCCCUGACAGUGUUCGAGGACAGGGUUUAUUGGACAGACCUUGAAAACGAAGCCAUUUACAGCGCCAGCAGGCUCACCGGACACAAUGUUUCCACCCUGGCAGAACAUCUGAACAACCCGCACGAUAUCGUUGUGUUUCAUGAGCUCAGACAGCCCAAAGCUCCGGACAGCUGCAACAUGGGCUCUGUAACGAACGGUGGCUGUGAGUAUCUGUGUCUCCCUGCCCCCCAGAUCUCCGAGCACUCCCCUAAAUACACGUGCGCCUGUGCGGACGGCAUGGAGCUGCACCCCGACAUGAGACACUGCCAGACUGGUGUCCCAGCAGUGAGGCCGAAAACAAAAACAAAAACCACCACCACAAAAACCACGACCACUACAGCCACCUCCAGCACUACCAAUCCAACGACCAUCCCAGCUACAGCCCUCCCCUCAACCAGCACAGCUGUGAGCCACCCUGCCGCCCCCUCCCAGCCUCCUGCUACAGUCCCAGAGGAGCUCAGCGAGAUCACCACUCUGCCUCCAGCCAACCAACUAAGAGAGAACAGCAAUCUGUCACAUCAGUCUGGGAGUGAGCAACAUCUUCUCGGAAGCAGUGUCACAGUGGCAGUGAUUGGCAUCAUCAUUCCUAUAGCAGUGCUGGUCGGGGUGAUGUGCACGGGAGGCUAUCUGAUCUGGAGGAACUGGAGGAGGAAGAACACAAAGAGCAUGAACUUCGACAAUCCCGUGUACCGGAAGACCACGGAGGAGGAGGAGGAGGAGGAGGAGGAGGAGAUCCACAUCGGGAGGACGGAGCAGAUCGGCCACGUCUACCCAGCUCGCGUGGCUCUGAGUCUGGAGGAUGAUGGAUUGCCAUGAGGGAAACACCGGCCCGUCGUCCACGGCGACCGCGAGCCAAGCCAGGAGAGCAGCGGCUGCAGGUUCGAGGUGCUGAGAAAGCGGAGGGCUGGGGGAGCUUUAUUUUUUUUUUUGUUACAUAAAUGCAAAUCCUUUUUGUGAUCUACAAGUUUUACUUGUUGUACUACUACUGCCCUUUUACAGUACUGAGGCAACCUGUUAAUGAUGACUAACCUCAUUGCCCAUCAUGUUAGUGUGGAUAGAGAGAUUCAAUCCCCCGCAGACUGGACUGGACCGGACUAGUACACUCGUUAAUACUGCUUAAUGGCUCAUUGUUUCAUUUUUUUUUUUCCUUAAACUUUGUGGAUAGUGUUGCACUGAAAAGGCAGCGAUUUGAUCACUGGCAGGCAAAAAGGGAGAGUGGCAAAGAGGGUUGGGAGGGGUAGCUAGGAAGGGGCAGUUGUGAAAAUGGUUUGAGAUUUAAAAUUGUGCUGUCGUAACUGGUAAAGAAAAUCCCUGUAGAUAAUGGGUAGUGCCAGGUUAGUGAGCUGCAGGGGGUAGACUCGGUGCCCUUUACCAUAAGCAUUCAUCUCCACUAUGUCAAAGCGCUGGGGCAGCAUAGCCAUUGAGGUGGUAGUGAUGCCAUGUAACAGGGUAUUGUAUCAGCCUGUUAAACACAUGCAUGAAUGAUCCACACAGGGGGCUGGGAUUGCAAGAGAGCCCACCCCCUGUCUGUCCACAAACUGCCUUACAACGGCAAGGCUUUAGCGACAUCUUAGAAUCCAGAGCCUCAGUGUGUUUGUACUGCUGUGUGAGUGGGGUGUCUUAGAACCCAGAGCCUCAGUGUGUUUGUACUGCUGUGUGAGUGGGGUCUCUUAGAACCCAGAGCCUCAGUGUGUUUGUACUGCUGUGUGAGUGGGGUCUCUUAGAACCCAGAGCCUCAGUGUGUUUGUACUGCUGUGUGAAUGGGGUCUCUUAGAACCCAGAGCCUCAGUGGGUUUGUACUGCUGUGUGAGUGGGGUCUCUUAGAACCCAGAGCCUCGGUGUGUUUGUACUGCUGUGUGAGUGGGGUCUCUUCCCUCUCCGCAGCUGAAUCAAGCAGGGGAAAGUCACUUAAUUGAGGUUUCUUAAUUAUUUUGCUAGCUCUCCCCCUGGAUUUACAGUUGCUGUAAAUGGCAAUGGAUAACACUGAGUGCUACAGGCUAAUAUGAAGCACACCACUAGGGGGCUCAUGGUUACUGCAAGACUGGAUGGGAUUCCUUAGCAGGAAAUAAGCAGAGCGCUCCAAAUCCUUCAGAAAUUGCCAGCUUUGGCAGAUUUAUAAUAUAUAAAACAACACAUUUGAUGCUUCUCUGCAUGGCAAUCCUUCAAGACAAGACAAGCGUUUUAUGCUUAAUUUCUUAUAGUUCCAGCUUGUGUUAAAUGUUUUGAGGUUAUAGGUUUAUUUAAUGCUUUGGGAAUCUGCUUUGAGUUCAAGAGUGUUUAUAACAAACACAUUUCACCCUAAAAAGUGAAGGGCAGUCGACCCCAUGCAGCUUGGAGAGGAGAUGACCUGUGAUCAUUUACAUGUGGGAUAGCAACUUGCAGGGUGGUGUGUACAACAGCAUCCUAACGUGUGAAGCCAGUGAUGACAGAAUCUUUUAUUAUUUUCAAUUCAUUCAUAAAAGCAGUAGAUACCCAGAUCAGCAUACUAGGAAAGUACUUGCCCUGCAGCCCAAUGAAUUAACUGGCACUCUGCACUGAGCAAUGCCUUUGUUCCACAGCUCCACACUGGCUAUCAUUCUUGGUAUGUGACAGUGUCGCAGUCCCUUUCUGUUACCUGUGUGUGCAGACUUGGGGGAUUUCUAACACACAUGCUGGUUAUUAGUGUGGACUCUGUUCGUAAUGCAAACAUAUCAGAGACUGUUCCAUUUUCUAUGCUGUUUGUUGCACAAACUUUGAAAUGCGUUCUGCACUGUGUAAAAAGUCUUGGGGGAAGGGUGAUUUUUUAAAUAAUGAUAUGUAAAUACUCUUUCAUAUUACAAACAUUUUGAUAAACAUUUCUGUAAAAAAAAUAGCUAUAAAAUACCGCAAAAAAAAGAAUAGACCUUGAAUAUGACUGUUUGUUUGUUUGCAACAGCAGUGCAGUUUUUAGUUUUUGUACUACUUGAUUGUAACACAAAUUAAUUAAUAGCCAAAGUGUUUUGUAUCUGUUUCGUUUUUGAUUUGUUUUGUUGUUAUUGUUUAAUAGUGUUGCGUUCUAUGUUGCAUUUGUUGUACUCCAUUGUCUUUCUUUAUUUGUUAUUUGAGUUUAAGUUAUUGGUGCCUUGUUGGUUUUCGUGUGUAUUUCAUGUGUAUUUUAGGGAGGGGGAGGUUUAAUAUGUAGCAACUGCUGUACUUACAUAGGAAAUCAUAUACAGUACUAUAUACCAAAA